GUUUAUGAAUAAUUACUAUCACCCAUAGUUUUCCAGUAUUUCAGACUGGAGACCACUCAUCCAGUUGAGCUAUCCCAAACCGAGAUGGCAUUCAUGUCUCUUAUCUUAAUUCACUUUCUCUUGUUUUAAACAAACAUCAUUUCCACCAUCUUGCUUCCGCCUUGACUUUACUGGAAUCUUUUACUGGAUUACUGUGAAAUUGCUGCAGUGUGUUCAUUGUUUUAUACAUUGUGAUGGUAUAUUUUUGUUCUACAGUGGAAGCUUUAAGAGCGUAUAGCCUUCAGGUUAACUUGUGAGCUGCUGAAUUAAGAAGUCAAACACAGCGGAGAUGAGUAACCCUAUGGUGAACUUCACCACACCUGAAGCAUCUACAAAUUCCACAACUCAGUCUAUUGGGAUACUGGACGGUCUGAACAUUUGUGUGUACAGCAUAGGUUUCCUGUUUGGUCUUCCUUCACAGUCCUAUAUUAUAUGGCUCAUCAUCACACGAACCGCAAAUGGAGUUGCAACGGAGUUGUUCAUCCUUAAUCUCUCUGCUUGUGAGAUUGGCAUCUGUCUAAACUAUUUUUUAUAUGCAUUAUCAUAUUUGUUUUUACAUCUCUCAACACUGAAACUAUUUUUUUUGGGACUUUCCAUCACCGGUCGCCCUCUGUUUCAGUGUCUGAUCUGUGUUGAGCGUUACCUGGCAGUGGUUCAUCCUGUAACCUUUCUGAAGUACAAACCUCUCAGAUAUAGAGUCAUCUGCUGCGCUGCUGCCUGGAUUAUUAUUAUUGGCUCCUGCUUCUGGUGCUUGUUUACUACAGUCUCAAACAACAUCGCAUGUAUAUGGAUCUUGUCCAUGCAGUUCCUCAUCUUCUUCUCCAUCCAGUUGUUUUGUCUCGUGGCUGUUCUGAUAGCUCUGAAGCAGUCAGGACCAGGAGAGAGAGCGAGAGAGAGAGGGGAGGAAAACCACAUGAAGAGAAGAGCGUUUUAUCUUAUUCUAGUAACUACUGUAAGCAUGGCUAUCAUAUAUGGCCCGUAUAUAAUAAUUGGAUUCUUAACAAUUGUGAUAAAUGAGUUCUUGCAUCCACUUUGGUUAAUUGCUUUUAUUUGUUAUAUAGUGGCUGGUUUGGUGAACCCUGUUCUUUAUCUGCACCGUACAGGAAAACUCUCCUGUCUCCGUUUGCCAUAAUAUUUUCAACUGUUAUUUUAAAAUAUAGAUAAUGUAGAUAUAGAUUCAGUGUCUUUCAGUUUAAAGUGGCUCAAAAAUAUUAGUUGGCUUAUAGUUGUUCAUUUGAUGGUUCUUUUUGCAUAAAGAUUAACUUUAUUCUGUGUGUCUGUGUCAGAUAGUGGGUGCUAUAGUUUGUAGAUUGUUUAUCCAUCAUCAAUGUCCCAGUUUCACAUUUUCCAUUUGAAUAGGUGCCACAGAGAUUAUUGCAGCAACAUGACAUGUUGUCAUAAAACAGAUGUUUAAGUAUUAUUUUCCUCUGUCAUUUUUAAAUGCACUGUUUUACAAUUUGCAUAUCACGUGUGUUGAAUGAGUGCCACCUGUGCUUGUUUGUUUCAGUGAUAUUUUUCUAAAGACUAAAGGUGAUCAUUUUUCCUCCUACAAAUUUUAUUUCCUGGAAACUGACUAUGUAUAGAAAAUACAUGCAAAAAGCCUUUAAAUAAAAUGUAAUGUAAAACAACCCAAGCC